GUCGUGCGAUUUCUAGAACCUCCAAGUGGUAGGUUUCAUCGACCUUUGGCGAAAGCAAGGCUCCUCUCCCCCCAAAGCUGGACUUCAUUCUUCAUCAGAACACACACAAGCAAGCAAACACAAGCAAGCAACUCUACAACAACUACAACCACUACUUUACAACUCUCUUCUUUGCACACUUGCAAACAACGCUUUCUCAUACACACUCUUAUUAAACACAUCACCAACACAAACACAAUGGCUUUCUUCCCUCGCAACUUCUACAACUCCGAUGCUUCCUUUACUCCCCUCUUCCGUCUCCUCGACGACUUCGAUAGCUACUCUCGUCAGGGACAACAGAACGGUGGUACUCGCCGAAGCGGCCUCACCCACUGGCAGCCCAAGUUCGAUGUCCGCGAGACUGGCGAAGCCUACGAGCUCCACGGAGAGCUCCCUGGCAUGACAAAGGAGAACGUUCACAUUGAAUUCACUGAGCCUCAGACCAUGACCAUCCGCGGCAAGACUGAGCGCACAUACACUGCCGGCACCCCUCCCGCUGGCCUCGUCGAGGGCUCUCAGUCCCAAGGCGCCAUUGCCGAGGGCGAGGGCAACGACGAAAACAAGAACUCUCACCACGCUAAAGUCGAGGAUGAGGCCGAGGCCAAGGCCCACGAGAGCACCGAAGUCACCCACCACCAACAGUCCAAGGAGGUCGAGAAGAAGCCCGGUGAUCAGUCCAAGUACUGGCUCACCGAGCGCACCUUCGGCGAGUUCUCUCGCAGCUUCAACUUCCCCACUCGUGUCGACCAGGACAACGUCUCUGCCAAGUUUAAGGACGGUAUCCUGAGCAUUGUUGUUCCCAAGGCCAAGAAGCACGAGUCUCGCCGCAUCAACGUCGAGUAAACACGACAGCACACCACAGCUGGAAUCUUGAUGACAUUAUUACCC